CCCACUCCCCUAGACCAACAGGGGGUUGUAACACUUUUCCCAGUAACUACUUUACUUUUCUAAAACAGUAAUGUUAUUACUGUUGCUAAUCCAAGUAACGCUGCGUUACUGCCUUUCUCAAUACACCAUCCUUGAAGUGAAUGCGUGACUGUGCUGCAGGUCAGCGGCACCGGACCUUAUGUUGUUCAAGUCAGCUGUUAGCCAAAAAGCUAAAGGAAGAAUGGAGAACAAGGGAGAGAGGUGUUCUUUCCACAGCUGGAAGUAGCUACUGCCACUAUCUAUCACAGUCUAAGAUGCAAAGAACAUUGUCGUCCGCAAACAAUUCUUCAUGUCAUUUAUUGAAGCAUCUGCUGAAGCAGCACAGCAAUGUGAAACUUACAGAAAGAAACUCCGGGAGCUGCUGCCAGUGAUGCUUGGACGCGUCAGUAGAGAGUGGUGUUACGCAACGGUUUGUAAAAAUACUGAAUACUUCUCUUAAAUACAUGUGUAGAAAUACAGUAGUUCAAAAGUUGGGAUUUACUUGCUUUAUUGUUUUAUUCCAGCCAGUGGUGUUAAGAAACGAUAUAUGCUUUGUAAAAACCAUACUGCUUGCUGCUGUUAUGAAUAUAGUAGUUCAAAAGUCGGGAGAGACUGCUUUGACAGAUUGAUCAUGUCUAGUGAAGAGGUACUAAGGGUAAAACUUCUUUAAGCAGCACAGUUGGGAUGGGGUCCAAGAGAAGAGGCAGGUUGAUGGUUUGGAUGAAGAAGUUAGUAGAACAUUAACGGGAGCAAAGCAGUCUAGAAAUAUCAGGUUUUACAAAUGUUUUUAAGAUUCCUGACUUUGGAGAUAAAUUGAUACCAGUUGAGGGCAGGAGGUGAUGGAGUUUGUCUCUGAUAAUUAGAAUAGAGCUGUGUCUGGUUACAGCGCUGAAAAGAAACCUGGGGUUGUUUUUAUUUUCCUCUAUUAAUGAUGAGGCUGCUUUGGCAUUACGGAGAGCCUUGCCGUGUUUUAAGACUCUCUUACCAGAUUAAGCAGGAUUCUUCCAGAUUGGUGGAACGCCAUUUCCUUCCAAGUUUUUGCAACGUUUGCUUUAAUUUGCCAGUUUGGGGGUUUGGAGCUAACCUUAUUUGUUUUAUUUUUGUUUUAAUCUACAAUUAGUCUACAUUUGAGAAAGCUAACUGUGGCCUUUAUCUUAAUAUAUUCUGAAUUGCCUGGUGUUCAUCUCUUUCUCACCUUCAUUCAACGUAAUAAUAACUGUUAGUGCCUGUUUCUAAAGGUGGAUUCUGGAAAGGUUUUCUUUAUUUUAGUAUAUAAAAAACUUGAACGAACAUAAAGAAACACUCUGCAAUACUAGUAUUUGGUUUGCUUUUGAAUUGUAACCUUAUACAUAUAAAUUUGUGGGGCACAGUUGGUGUCCCUGGACUUUCCACACACUGGGAUUUAGACUAAAGUCAACAAAUACGCCUAACUUUCUAGAAGUCUGGUUGGUUAGUGGCGAGUCAUCCCUGGUGUAUAUGAGGGAGCUGACUAGACUUCAUGUUCAAACAUUCUGAAUUGCCUGGUGUUCAGUCUGUUGGUCGUGGUACCUUUACACUUUGAGCCUCACAGGUCAAGUGAAAAACAUGGGCGCUGAAUACUCACAAGAGGACUAUGACAGGUUUGCUCUUGAUUAUUAUCAAACUGCUUUACAGCAUCCAUGCCUCUUACCAGAUAUAGGCAUAGAUGAGUCUCUACUGAAAUAUUCGGGUACCGACUCUAACGCUCAGCUGGUAGCCUACUCUACUGAGCUGGUCAACAAAGUGCCAGACUACAUCAACAACUUGGGAUCUAGUUUGGGUGCAUUGACUGUAAUCCCAAAUGCUGUUGGAAUUGGAGCGCUGGUGCUUUCCAUGAUCAUGGAGAUCAGCAUGUUGAGCAGGACCCAAUCAACUGAGACUCCAUACAGCAUGCUCCAACGUGUAUUUGGUGAAGAGAAAGCCUCAUCUGUCCGGGACACAAUAUCAGAGUAUCUGAAGCGCCAUCAGACAUUCAUUAACAAUAACCAACGAUUACUUGAGGAAUUACGGAGACUAGAAGCCCAGCUGAGCAACCAUCUCACCAUCCUCAGAAACUCCCUGCUGCAUGACGGACAGAUGAGCACCCGUGGGUUCAAAAUCUGGGUCAAUGGAGCCUCCUUCCACAUCCAGAUGUUGAUCCAUGAAGCUCGUCUGAAUGUUCAGACUGGCAAACCUGCAUCAGACCAUCAGACUGCGAUCAAUUCUGCCAUCAGUUUGUAUCUGCAGCACCUGGAUAAUUUAAUGGAGAAAUACAAGACUUACAAGAGCAGUACUACUGAGAUCGCGAUAGAGAGGCACUAUUCUGGUUGUUGCUGUAAACUGCUCCUUUAACAGACCCACCAGCACCUUCCAGCAAAUGUUCAAAACUUCUGUCAACGAAAUGUGACCAUCUACGUUCUGUUUUGCUGUGUUUACAUUUCACUAGUUUAUGCUUGUUUUUGCCAUUUAAACAAUAUAAUUUAUUUUCCGUUAUUUUUCUUGUACUAUUUUUCAACGUAGUUGUAAUGAUAAGUGAUUCAUAUUUAGAUGAUUUAUGUAUUUAAUUUUACUAAAUCUUUGGAUACCUUUGAUUUAAUAUCUCUUGUAUAAUUGUAUUGUUGUAUAAUUAGUUGAGAGAGGCAUGUUUUGUCCAUAUAGUGGCAUGUUAGAGUCUGAUCCAGCUCUGCUCUGAUUGGUCCAGUCUGAGAGGAUUAACUCGUGCAGAUCACAACCACCUGAGUGAUGAAUGUGUCUGUGUCUAUAUACAGUAUAUAGCUUGUUGUGUUUUGUGAUGUGUAUUUGACAAUGCCUGAUGAAGAUCUGUCUUAAAUCCAAAAGUUGCUGUGUUACAUUAAAUGA